AUGCUUCGUCUUCCGAGCUAUUCGUCGUCUCGAGCCAUUCAUGGUCUUUUAUCGCUUUCGCGUUGUCGGAUACCUACUGUACGGCUAAAUAGCAGCUUGAAUAAGGAAGAUCCUACCAGCUCAUCUCGUGUCGAAGAUACUCCAACAGCUCAAGAAGUGGAUGGAGAGGCACCAUCAAAAAAAGAGCAUACGCUUUUCGUUGAUCUUAUAAAAGAGACAGAAGCCCGUGCUCUGGGUGAGACUGACGCUUACAGUAACAUAUUUAAGGAUAUCUAUGUCGAUAAUGCGGGAGAAGGUGAUUCAAAGACUGAACUUAAUAAGAUAUUUGCUGAUAUCUCCCGAGGGGUUACGUCUGAAAGUCUGAUACCCAAAAUUCAUCGAAACGAAGUUGACGAAGAGGCUGACGUUAACAUCGCAAAUUCUGAUGAGACACUCCCGCGAGGAAAGUACGGGGAGGAUCCCUCCGUGAUCGAGAAAGAAAAAGAACUUUUCAUGAACAUCUUCAAGACAUACUCACAACCUGGAUCUUCAUCCACCCAAAAGAAUUCACAUUCACAUCUCUCAUGGAACCUACGUGAGGCAAUGAGCAAUACAAGAACAAAGCUAGAUCGUCAUGUUACAAGAGCAUUAAGACCAUCACUGAACACUCGAAUGACGCAGGACCUUAUACAUGACAUCUUCUUGCGAUUCAAUGAAGCACUUGAGCCCACUUAUGCUCAUCUAGGUACUUUUGAGAGUAGGGAACAAUAUUUGAAGUUCCUCAGAGAGCUUUUUGAUAGGUACCACGAGAAGGAUUCAAAACUGAAGAGCUUCUCCCUCGCAAUCAGGAAGGGAGAGUCAUUGUUGGAAUUUACAAGAAGGUACACCAAGUUGGCUUCGGAAGUCAAGCUGCAAAGUGAACAGAGUCCUAGCAGUCCCGUCCUCAAUGCAUACACAAUGCCGUUGUUGUUCAAUCAUAUCAUGAACACAUUCAGCACAAGAUUCUAUGAUGGCCAGCUUGCACUCACCAUCUUUAAUCUAUUAAAAAAAGACCUCGCUUUGUACUCUGUUGUUUGCAACCAGGAGACGUACAACGAAGUUCUCAAGCUUUAUUGGGUAUAUUAUGGCAAACUGAGCCUUCAUGAAAUCGAAUUGGCCUAUGUUGAGAUGAAAAAUAAUGGGUUUUUGGGUGACAUCAAUACAUUCAGGGUUCUCAAAGAGAUCAUUGUUCGCUACCAUACAUUAAAGUUGGGCAAGUCGGGUCUCAUCUCCUUCUGGCUGAGAGAAGACGAUAAGAGGGUAAGAAGCUUGGAGCGCCAUCUUCACGGCCUAGCACAACAACUCAAAAGCAUGUAA